AAGAACUACAAUCGCUUACACCAGAAUACGAGAACGAUGAUUACGAAACAGGCAGCGCUUUUUUAGGCGCAUGAACGAUUUGCCGUGUCUGCAACGCCACUGCAGGGAUACAGGCAAACUUAUUAACAUCCUGAUUGAUACUGGAGCAACAAACAACUAUAUAAGUACAAAAUGUAACUUAGAACCCGCUGACAAUUGUACUAUAAAAAUAUUAGAAGACAAAACAGCACAAUGCGAAACAACCCACGAAAAUAAUGCUCCACUUCGCAUCCUAGAGAAUGGAUACAUUUUGACAGAUUACCAGCAUACUUGGAACAACAUGCAUAUAUCAGGCCCUAAAUUGAUACACUUCAAUGAAUCCACGAACAUCGAUAACAUGACAUAUUACAAUCAUCAAAGACAACUCAGAGAAAUAAUACACAAUCAACACAACGAAAAACUUGAAGUACUCCGUAUCCUUUCUUCAAACUCAAUAUACAAAUUCAGCAAUAUCCAAACACUCUCAACAUUUUUGAUACCUAUUGUAGAAAAUCCAGUACAUUUUACGUUCUUCAUCAUAAUAGGAUUCCUUACUUUAGUAGUCACCACUUACGGUAUGGUACACCUCUGCCGAUAUCGCGUAAAUAGAAGAAUGCUUCACAGACAAAGGCAAAUUGACGAAAUAUACGAAGUCGAAUUGAAUCGUCUUCAACAACAACAAUCUGUAGCAGCAUAGCGAGGACGCUCCGUUUUAAGAAGGAGGGGAGUUAACGACAUAGCCUCGCUCCGGGUCACACACACUCACAUACACCUUAUCUCCUAAUAUACAUUCCGAACAAAGGCGAACUAUGUAUGUAAACCGAUAGAACUCGCUUUGACAUGCACUAUCAGUCGAACAAUAGAAAUGAACAUGCAUUAUCUAGAAAGGCAUUCUCAACAUGUAAACAACAAACAUCUGGCAAUGGAAUAAUCCACUGCGAU